GAAAGAUGCAAGAACAGCAGGAGUAGGGACCGUUCUGUCUCUGAGCAUGUGCUGCUGUCCUGGCUAAUACUGCAGUGAAGGAAAAUGUGUCAAUUUUCAUUGGACAGUAGUCCCCUCCGGAAUGGUGAAUGAGCCUGUAACUGACGGUCAGACGAUGUCCUGUUUGCGGAUGGUGAUUCUUCACAUUGACCGUUGGUCCUGAGGUGCAUUUUCGUGGAAUCUACAACCGUGGGCGACAAUCUCCCGACCUACGCUUCUCCUCCACUAGAUAAAGGGCGAGGGGCGGUCGCCAUGGUGUAACGGGUGUCGUUGAACUAGACCUACAGUAUGGCACGCCAAACCAACCAUUAGACCAAGAGGAAAUCCUUGUGGUCUGAGGGCGACAUUUCGGCCUCCGUCUCUCAGGCAGGACUGCCUUAUCGCGAGGGCGUAAUUCCAAAUCGCGCCCACCGCAAUGGCAACCCCGGCACCUCCACCAGUGCCUCUGACGGUCCUGUCUCGCUGGUACCUGUACGCCAUCCACGGCUACUUCUGCGAGGUCAUGUUCACCGCCGCCUGGGAGUUCGUGGUCAACCGCAACUGGAAGUUUCCUGGUGUGACCAGUGUAUGGGCUCUGCUAAUCUACGGGACCUGCAUCCUCAUCGUGGAGCACAUGUACCUGGCCCUCCGAGCUCUCCGUUGCCCCGUGCUGCUGCGAUGCCUCAUCUAUACCCUAUGGACGUAUAUCUGGGAGUUCGGUACAGGGCUGUUGUUGACCCAGUUCGACGCCUGUCCCUGGGAUUAUUCCCAUUUUCAGUAUAACUUUAUGGGGUUGAUCACAGCGGAGUACGCCCUGCCCUGGUUUUGUGCAUCUUUCAUGACGGAGCGACUGGUUAUACGCAACACGCUGCGGUUACGGAUGGACAGGGACAGGGUGGAAGGGGACCAGUCGGAUGCAGGCGGGGGAGGAGGAAGGAAAGUGUGGGGCGAACAAAGAGGAGCCAACUGCUAUCUUAAAUUGGACUGAUCAAAGAACAAGGGCAUUUCCUCAUUUGGGGAAAGUCCGUCCUCCACCCUCGCACCUCUGCCCUCUCUCUUCUGUGACCUGGAAAUAUAAGUGGUCUCGUGGUCGAGGAGUGUGUCAACUUGUUCGUAGAAAAAUGGUAGCCUCCUUUUGGCAAGGAAGCACAAGUGUAUCAUACCUGAGUCCUUUGAGGAGGAGCUUUGAAAUAUGCCAUACCCGCUUUGAAUCAGCAAUUUUUUUCUCAAAGGAGAAAAUCAUGCAAACAUUUAAAAACGAUAUGCUACUUAUCCUUUUAUCUACAACAUGUCUUGCACGACUGGCUACAGUUGUUUUGAUCACUUUAUACAUUUAUUUGGGGAUUCCACCCUUUAAAAGUCAUUUGCUUGAUGACUCAUGAUUGGAGAAGGAGAGUCUCAUUUCAUACGAGCGCAUUUUCAUCCACAUUCCCUCUCCUCGCCACCUCUCCACGAUUACCUUGAACCUUUUUCAAAAGGAGGCCAGAGAGGCUGGAGGAGGGAGGACACAGGAGUUGAGCAAAUCCAAUUGAGGAAAGGUCAAUCUGAAUCACUCUGGAAUCCCACUCAAGCACUAAAACAUUGUACGGAAAUGUAUAAUUUUUUUUUUUUUUAAACGAAAUACAUAACUACUGUAUUUCUGUAUAGCUUCAAAAGCAAUCUGAAUAAGGUGCUAUAUGCUAAAUGUUCAUAAUUGAUUGUCAUGGAGAAUGAUUUUCUACAGUUAGUGAUAACCCACAAUAUUUGGAAAUGCAUGAGGGAGGUGUUUUGGUUCUGUAUGCAACUGCAGUCUGUUUACUCAUAAGCUAUUUGCCUAUUGAGAAAUGAGGUCUCAGGUAACUUACUCAACAAAUUGUGUGCUAUUUCUACUGCAUAUCUGUUCGAAUCAGGAUUUCUGAUUUCAGGAUCUCUGAUUUUCACGUGAUGUAAUCAUUCACUAUUAGCCAAGGACGUUGUCACCACACUGAAAGAGCUGCUGCUGCCUUGUGGACUUGACAUGAUACUGCAUCUGAAAGCUUCCUCUGAAGUUUCAAAAAUAGGACUACUGGAGCUGUAUUCCUCCCAGAUAUCUCUUUGGUUUGUCCCGAUUAAUGGCCCUUGCUUUAUGGCCUCUGGCACUGUUUUGAUGAUGCAAAAUAAUGUGGAUCUCAAACCACCGAGUGGAGUCAAAAGCAAUACAUUAAAGGCCCAAUGCAGCCGUUUUUAAAAAUCUCAAUAUCAAAUCAUUUCUGUGUAACAAUUAAGUGCCCUACUGUGAUCGCAUUCAAUUAAAAUGGUCCAAGAAAAUCAAAACAAGCUUCUUAGUAAAGGAGUAAAAGGGUCAAUUUCUCAAGCAAGAAUUUAGAUAGGACUGUAUGGGAGUGGUCUGAGUGGGGAGGGGAAAACUGAAAACGAGCUGUUAUUGGCAGAGAUUUGCAACUCUCUUUCUUAUUGGUUUAUUAACUCAUUUACCGCCUAGUGAUGUCACGAUGGAGGGCCAGAACUCUCUACGGUGAGUGUUCAAAACAGGAACACCUUCCUAAUAUUGAGUUGCACCCCCUUUUCCCCUCAGAACAGACUCAAUUAUUCGGGGUAUGGACUCUACAAGGUGUCGAAAGCGAUGAAAAGGGAUGUUGACUCCAAAGUUUCCCACAGUUGUGUCCAGUUGGCUGGAUGCUCUUUGGGUGGCGGACUGUUCUUGAUACACACG